UCUUCUUCAUUUCCUGACAUGAAUAAUUUCUUGAAUUCUCAAUAUCUACAUAAACACCAAUCUAUUUUGAACCACAACAAAAAGAGGCUAACUCAAGAACAAGUCAAAAAGUUAGAGGCAAGUUUUGAAUCAACCAAGAAGCUUGAGCCUGAGCAAAAACUCCAACUUGCUAGAGAGUUGGGUGUUCCUUCUCGACAAAUUGCUAUUUGGUACCAGAACAGGCGAGCAAGAUGGAAGAACCAGAGCCUCGAGCUUGACUAUACUGCACUCCAGCUUAAGCUAGACACAGCAUUAGCUGAGAAGAAACAAAUAGAGAAAGAAAAUGAACGUUUAAAAUUUGAAUUGAAGAAGGUAAAUGAGAUGUUAAUUGCUUGCAAACAAGAGGAAGCACAAGGGAUAAUUCCUCCUUCAAUUUCUAGUGGUUGUGAAGAAGGAGGGACUUCAAGUUUUCAAGAAGGUGUGAGUUGUUCAUGGGUGAAUAACAAUAAUAAUAAUAAUGAGUCUAAAUUGCCACUUGAUGAGCUUUAUGCUUGUUUGAUGGGUACUGCAGAAGAAGGGUCAAAUUGUCGUUUGAAAGAUCUUUGGGUGUGGAAAAAUUGAAAGAGCAUCUAUGUGUUACUGAAAAAAAUUGUGUACUCAGUACUUGCAUCAAAACAAAAAAAACAAAUGA